GGGAGGGGGGAGCGGGCGGCGGUAGCGGCCGAAAGUAAGUCGGUCGGCUGACUCCGUAAAAGCUUGAUGUUCACCGGGGGAGGAGGGGGUGGAGGGUUCCGCGUCCGAGCGUGUGUAUGUGUGUGUAUGUGUGCGCGCGCGCCCGCGUCUUUCUCCGCCGGGCCUCUGAGGAGAGUAGGAGCGCUUCCGGGUCAGCCCACGGCGGGGGGAGGGGAAGGUGUUGGAGCGUUGAAAAUUGUGGGGCUCAGUCUUCCCCUCCCCCCACUUCACGUGCGCCUGUGCGCACGAGGCCGACCCGACGCCGGGGCGUCCCCGGGAGAGGCGCCCGUUAAAGGGAUAGGAGACGGGCUACACUUCCUGUGCUUGCGCUGCCCUGAAAGGCGGAGUUGCCGUGGAGACGAAGAGACGCUGCGCUGAGAACAAGGGGUUCCCUAGCCAGUCUAUGAAGAGGAGAGGUGGGGAACGAAAGAACACUCUAUUCAGGCCCCACCUCUGACCAGAAACAAGCCAUGAUGACCCCCAUCAGCCGUGGGUGCUUGGAGCUGGGACCCACAGACGUCCUGGAGCGCAAAGGUCCCCUCACCAUCCGCUCCCACCACAUGAAGUACUCGAAGCCGGUCCUGAUGUAUGGCUGGCAUGUAGACAGAGAAGGAUAUCCCAAAGAUUAUGAUAUAGAUGAAUUUCCCAUGGGCUCAAAAAAUCUGUGUAAUUCAAGUUAUUGGAGGUUUGGAACAAAGGAUGCUAUGCCUUGGAAAUCAGAAGCACAUGAACAGAUGGAGCAACCUUAUGUAAACAAAGAAGUUGUGGAAAGACGUAGUUUACCCCGGCUGAAUAAUGACACAUUUGACUCUGGGAUUAUUGAACGGGACACUGGAUUGCCCAGAAGAGGUUUUGGAGCUCUCUUUUCUCGACACCCACCAGAUCAUCGUAAAAUGCAACAUAUGACGACAUAUCGUGAAGAAUAUGUUCCUCCCUAUGAUUACACGAAAGUUAUUCUACCCCUCCAGGAUGUUUACUCGACAGUUCACAGAAAAUGCCGCUCUCAGUUCACUGAUGUUGGAGGUUUUAAAAGAAUAGGUAUCAAUUCAUGGCAGGAUGAGAGUGGGAUUUAUCCCAAUGCACAUGUAAGACAGAUAGUCUUCCCAUCAGUUAAUCCUAUCCUUCCUAUUUUGAAAUAAUACACUGUAUCAAAGGUACUUGUUUAGUUCCAUUUCUUUUGA